AUCCCGACUCUAGGCUUUGGCACCUGGAAUCUGAAGGAGAAUGCUACCGAGGCCGUCUCUUACGCCAUCAGUACUGGAUAUAGACACAUAGAUGCUGCAGCGAUAUAUGGAAACGAGAAAGCUGUCGGCAAAGGCAUCACCGAGGGCUUGGAGAAAGCCGGGUUGACUCGUGAUGAUCUAUGGGUGACCUCCAAGCUCUGGAAUGACCAUCAUGCUCCUGGCAAGGUAGAAGCGGCCAUCGACAAGACCCUGUCUGACCUCAACCUCGAAUAUCUUGAUCUGUACCAUAUGCACUGGCCUGUUGCUUCUACCAAGAAGGGAAACGAAAUAUCCUUCCUUGACACCUGGAAGGCAAUGGUGCAGUUGGUUCAGUCAGGAAAGACUAGACGAAUUGGUGUCUCCAAUUUCUCGCCCAACCAACUCGACACUUUGUUGAACCAUACAACCCACGUUCCGUUUGCCCACCAAAUGGAGCUCCAUCCUUACCUUCCUCAGAACGACUGGAUCCAGUACCACAAAGUUCGUAACAUCCGCGUAACCGCCUACUCGCCUCUUGGAGGAACAAAUCCCACCUAUCAUCAAAAGUCAAAACACAUGCCGACUCCGUUGCUGGAGACCGAGGUGCUCAUCAAAAUAGCAAACAAGCACAAUGCCACCGCUGCACAAAUCUCACUGGCCUGGGGUAUGAGCCGAGGAACCAGCGUCAUACCCAAGAGUGCACAUGCAGCAAGAAUGGAUGAGAAUCUUGCCAGUAAGCACGUCGAACUUGACGCCGAUGAUUUGGAGACUAUUGAUCAACUGGGUCGUGACUUUACCUUCAGAUACAACGACCCUAGCAAAAGCUGGAGAGUCAAGUUAUACGAA